UUACUUUGUAUGAAGAACAUUGAAGAUUACUGGUUUACUUGUGUAACAGAUGAAAGACUUGAGAAAGAGUCAUUAGCUGACCUCAUCCGUGUCCUUGAACAGCAUUUACCUUAUCUUUUGGAUGGUAUUAUAAAUUCACAGGAUGAACAUGUAGGUGUCAGUAAUAAAAUCAGAAAUGCCUUUUUUUUUAAUAGACCUGAAUAUCUUAAUUAAUACACUUAAAAUUUCAUUAAAAAAUUCAUUAAUAAUUCGUGAGGAAAAUACAAAAGAAGUCGCUGCCGAGUCGAUGAUUUUAUAUGUGAUAAAAAAUCAUGUUCAUUUACAUACACUUUAGCUUUGAUAGCAACGACAUAUGUUGAUGUCGCAUAAAAAGCGAAUCUGGUGGGAACUCCCUUUUUUAUGUGGCAUGUAGUAAAACACUGACUACCGGAACACCGGAACACCACCAUUUUGUUUGGGGUUAGGGUUAGGGUGAGGGUUUGGGGUUAGGGUUAAGGUUGGGGUUGGGGGCUAGGGUUGGGGUUAGGGUUAGGGUUAGGUGGUGUUCCGGUGGUGUUCCGGUGUUCCGGUAGUCAGUGUUUUACUACAUGCCUUUUUAUGUUGGUCCACAUUAUACGGUUUACAGGCCGAAGCAAUCACUCCACCGGUGUUGUUUCAUGAAUGAUGGUAGUAGUAGAAUUCCACGUGUUUGUAUCUCCAAACGAACAAACAGUGGUAAAAAUUGGUAAAUAGAAAAAUAUAGACAAUUAUUAGCUGCAAUUAUUAGGUAUCCAUGCGAGUUUAACUUUUGAAAUGAAUUCACACGUAUCAUGCAUGAAAUAUAUGACAUAUUUUGAAAUUAGGAUUGCGCCAGUGGCGUAGCCAGAACGAUAAUUGGGGGGGGGGGCAUAUUCAUAUAUUCGUGUUCUGCUUUAUUAAUUUCUUUUGAAAUCAAUUGUUUUUAUGGUAUCUGAACACGAAUAUGUGAAUAUGCCCCCCCCCCCCGCCAAUUAUUGUUCUGGCUGCGCCACUGGAUUGCGCUAAUAUUUAUAUCAAUUGUGUUUAGGGAAAUACGGCUUUGCAUUAUGUUGUAACAUACGGGAAAUUUGAUUGUGUGAGCGAACUACUGAAGACAAAUCAUUGUAAUGUGAUCAUCACUAACAAGGUAUAAGUGAAUAUUAUUUUUAGUUCGCCUAAGUCCCAUGCAUGCAAUAUUAAUUGCGAUCAGUAUAAUAUAGAUUCAAUAAUAAUAUAUGAUCAUAUAAUUAUUUCAUAACACCAGUUGUUUCAAUAUUUUUUCUGAAAAUUCUUAUUUUUCCUACAGGCUGGCUACUCCGCAGUCAUGUUAGGUUCCCUGAAAGAAGUUAUCAAUCCAAAAUACAAAGUAGUCCUAAAACGUUUAUUUGAAAAAGGAAAUCUGAACUGCAUCGCUCAAAGUGUAAGUCACAAUUAAGUUCUGCUACAGACCAGGGGCCGGUUGUAUAAAACUUUAAUCACUUUCUUAAUCACUAUGUUGUAGUUAAAUAGUGAUUAUAAUUCUCAAAUACGCGCUUCUUAUUGGAUGACGUUUCCACUAAUUAAAGUUAACUUUAAUCACUUUUUUAUACAACUGGCCCCAGCUCCUUUAUUAUUUUUAAGUUUCUCUUAUUUGAGACUAACUGUAAAGACGGUGUUAGAUGUAUCAUGAUAAUGUCAAAAAUGGUAGACUGGAGACAGGUUUUCAAGAUCUUUACGUCUUCAUUCGUACUUAAUUUCGCGACUUUUUCGAGGCAAUAUUUCUUGCAUGGUGAAACUUUAUCUUCGCGAUUUUGAUAGGCGAAAAUAGAAAAAUGGCAUUAAAUUUCGUGAUAAUAAUAUAAUCAUAAAAUGCAAACUGUAGCUUAAUACUAUACGACUAUUAUAUAAAUUAUAGGGUUAGCUAGGGUUAAAUAAUUUGUUAUUCAUGUCGAUGUAACAUGUUGUUGAUCAUAUCAGUUACCAAGAAUUUUAUCACUCAAAUUUUUGACUGAGGCAAGACCGGAUUUUGGUGCAAAUAGUGGGGGAGGUGGAAAAAAUUUAGGGGAGGUGCAGCUGUCUAGCUCACGACCCCCAUGGAAAUUUAGGGCCAAAGACGUCAACGACGUGACAUAUGCAUGUAGUGUACAUGGGUAUCAGUUUUACUUCCAAUUUUGCCCUUCAUUACCAUUUCUGCAAAGUUUCUUUCAAAACAUGGAAUUAAAAGGGUACUUGACACAGAGAUGAAUGGCUAUCACUGUUUCAAUUUUACAGAAAAAACGUUCUUACGAAGUGUAAACCCUAACAAGUUAACCUGUUAAAAUAUAGAAAUAUAAUAAUAAAACCAAAAAUGUCAAAUUUUCUCUUUGAUCCAUCAUUGAAACUUUCCCAAGGGGAGGUACGUGACUUUUUAGAAGAGGUGCAAAAAUUCUCAGGGGAGGUGCGAAAAGAUCUCAGGGGAGGUGGAAAAAUUCUCAGGGGAGGUGCGAAAAGAUCUCAGGGGAGGUGCGCACCUCCUCACACUUCCCCUCAAAAUCCGGCCAUGGACUAGGGUAUUUAGUUUCGCGCAAUUUUUUACAAUCGCGAAAUUAAAGUCGCGCGAAAUUAAAACGAAUAAGGUAGUUCAAAAAGUAAACUCAGAGUGGAGUUCGCUCAUUAAGGAUAAUGUUAGGGUUAGAAUUAGGGUAAGGUUUAGGGUAUGGUUUAGGGUAAGGUUUAUAUGGCGUCAGAUUUCCGCCAAUAUUCAUGUUGAUAUUAAUUCAACAUGUUUCCGUAUUGAAGUGAAUUCCGGCAAUGAACAUAUCAAAUUCCGCAUGCUACUUUAAUUCAACAUUGCUUCAAUUUCAACAUGUUUCCCUCAUUGACGUUAAUUUGAAUAUUGAACAUGUCAAAUUCAAGUGAAAUACAACAUUGAAGUAUAGAUAUUGAAGUAAUUUUCAAUGUUGAAGUUUCAAAACAUGUUGAAAACGCAUCACUACAUGAAUUUGAGAAGUGAAUAUUGGCGGUUAUAUAUAGCACCGCGUUAAAUAUCCGCCAAUAUUAAUUAACGCUUCGUUAAACUUCCCCCCUGGCAUAUUCCUAUAUUGCGGCUACGAACGAGCGGAAUCACUAGUGAUGAAAAUCAUGAAAUAGUUGGUGCACUGAACACUAUUGAGGAUAUAAUAUCGCGAUUAGACAGCUAGCCUUGGUGACCCAGAUUGCGUACAGGGAUUGGCAAUACGAUUUGACGUUUUAAAGAGAUAUCUUGUAAAUACCUUGUAGAUAUCUUGUAAAUACCAAACCUUAAUUUUGUGGGGGCGAUCGCGAACCUCACGCAUUCGGCGUGAGACUGUCCGGAAAAUUAUGAAAUCUAGGGUCCCUGAAUUGCGAUUUCAUGCAUUUUGGGGGUGAAAUCUAGCAGAAUUCCGAACAUUAUAAAGUACAUCGAAGACAUGAAUUUUUCCAGACAUUUCUACUCGGAAUUAAAAUAAAUUGGAAAAGUCAUCUUGAAAAAUAGGAGUAGGGGUCAGUGUCACCUUAUUUCCUCUCUGUGAUGCCGGGGGGGGGAUCCCAAUGUGAUUUUGAUCAGAAAUGUUGCAUUUAAAUUAUUUUGGGUUCUAUGAGACACCAUUCCCGCAUUCUAAAAAUUGUGUUGCUUUUUCAUACGAUACAGAAAUAAGUCUGAGAAGAAAUAUUCAUGCUACGAUGAUGCAUACAUGUAUUUAACAGUUAAAAAUCUAAACUAAAUCUAUUCUUCUUGGAACCAUAUCUACAACUGCUUUAACGAGAUUUCACAAAUCAAGUUCCUCCAGUAUAUCGUCUUUUUCCUCAGUCGAGACGUACUUAAUCAGUUUCAGCUUCGAGCAUGUAACGUGUACCCCCCCCCCCUCCCCAAUUUCUCUACGGAUUUAGCCUUUCUGAGAGAAUGGUUUUUGUGGCGACUGGGGGAGGGGAGGGGGGCUCUUUAUAUAACUUGAUAUUUUUAAGAAAAAAAUUUUGCAAUAAAACUCCCAAAACAAAACACAACGCCUCUGCAGAGGAGAGUGCUAGGAAAUAGUCGCAAGGCUUGGAAAGGCUAGCAUUUUAUCGGAUUGUUUGCAUGAAAUCUAUCGCUAUUAUGAAAUACUCGGUGAAGAACAAUAUGAAUUACACACAAGAUGGCUGUGGAGGAGGCUGUGGAGGAGGCUAUGGAAGGGAAUAAUCUCAUUAUCAAGUAAAUCAACUGCAAUUCUGACAGCAAUCAUGAGCAAUUCUGCUUCGCACUUCGGGGGCAGAAAUGGCUUUACUCCCCCCCAGAUAUAUAGUUAAAAAGGCACUGAGUUUAUGCCGUGGAAAAACUUCGUAGGUCCUUCGUAUGAUAUAGACGAGGGGAAAUUGAAAUUUUUAUAGCGAAGUAAGCAGUAUGAUGAGUGUACGCAAAAUAACAUUGGAGCGGCGAAUGAGGUCAUUUGGCACAAGUGUGUCAGGUAAGAAAGUUAUGCACAUCCUACACGGCCGACAGAGUGGUUAUGCAGCACUGUAUAUAGAGAAUAAUACAUCGGUGCGCGGAAAUACCAGAUUUAUUUCGAGUGUUGAACAUGAUAUCUCACGAGUGAGCGCAGCGAACGAGUGAGAUAUCAUAACACGAGAAAUAAAUCUGGUAUUUCCAAGCACCCAUGUAUUUUUCUGUUUAUUAUAUGAAGGACAGUCUUUGAAAAGCGAUAAUUUUUACAGAAAAGCGAUAAUUGAAAAGCGAUAAUUUUCACAUGUAAGAUUAUCAUAAAUAAUCUCACAUGUGAGAUUAUCACUUUUAGCAGUGCUCGAAAUCUCUAUAAAGCACUAUACUUUAUAUAAUAAAUAUAUGUUAAGCCGAAGUCGACAAACCUAUAGGGAAACUGAUGUAAAUGUAAUGCAUACAUGUAGAUCAAUUCUUGUUGAAACCACAACUUCCUUGUGUGGGGAUUGGUGUUAGUGAAAAAAUCUAGACACUGACGGGCCUCUGAAUUGGCGAAGACUGAUCAGGUCAUUUGCCGACCUUAAAUUAAAUGAAAACAGGACUGCAAAUUUCAGUUUUCAAUAAGAUUCAAGUUUUCAUGAAUUAAUCCAAAAUGCCAAGUUCCUGGAGUGGACUGACUGCCACCAACCGCCCUGCUGCCACUGACAUGGGUUUUUUAUGUCUGCUCAGCAUAUUGCAUUACUAAGCUAACCUUUUUCUUCAAACGGUAAAAAAUGAAGUGCAGAUGAAAGAUGUAAAUACUUAGGUAUUCCCGUUCUCAUUCUAUGCUGUAGUUCUGUAUAAAACUUAAUGUGCAGUAAAUCAUAUUAAAUCCUGAUGAUAAGAUGCUAUAUAUACAGGACGUGUUGCAUAUAUAAUCACUUUGUCGGCCGUGUAGGAUGUGCAUAACAUUCUUACCUCACACACUCGUGCCAAAUGACCUCAUCGCCGCUUAUUUAAUUUGCGUACACCCAUCACACUGCUUACUUCGCUAUAAAAAAUUCAAUUGCCCCUCGUCUAUAUCAUACAAAGGACCUACGAAGGUUUUCCACUGCAUAAACUUGUGCUGGAAAUGCAGAGUUAUUCAUGGCGGAAUAGCGCUGCCGCUGCUCAAAUUGGUUUAGAUUUUUGCAAACCCUAUAUCCAGCAAAUCCAAAGUGCAUGAUGUCGCCGAUUCUAAUAUUUACAAGAUAUCUCUUUAAAACGUCAAAUCGUAUUGCCAAUCCCUGUACGCAAUCUGGGUCACCAAGGCUAGCUGUCUAAUCGCGAUAUUAUAUCCUCAAUAAUGUUCAGUGCACCAACUAUUUCAUGAUUUUCAUCACUGAUUCCGCUCGUUCGUAGCCGCAAUAUAGGAAUAUGCCAGGGGGGAAGUUUAACGAAGCGUUAAUUAAUAUUGGCGGAUUGAUUUAACGCGGUGCUAUAUAACCGCCAAUAUUCACUUCUCAAAUUCAUGUAGUGAUGCGUUUUCAACAUGUUUUGAAACUUCAACAUUGAAAUUUACUUCAAUAUCUAUACUUCAAUGUUGUAUUUCACUUAAAUUUGACAUGUUCAAUAUUCAAAUUAACAUCAAUGAGGGAAACAUGUUGAAAUUGAAGCAAUGUUGAAUUCAAGUAGCAUGCUGAAUUUGAUAUGUUCAAUGUCGAAAUUCACUUCAAUACGGAAAAAUGUUGAAUUAAUAUCAACAUGAAUAUUGGCGGAAAUCUGACGCCAUAGGUUUAUGUGUUAUAAGUGCCUGGUUAUUGAUUCUUUCAUGUUUUAACGAUCAUAGCCGCCAUUUUGAAAACAUUUUUAUCGUCCAUCCCCUUUAGCAAUGACCCAUGUAUAAUCAUUUGAAAUCAAAUUUCCAAUGUACAAGGGGGAAAUGGGGGAAAAAGUUUAAAAAGAGAGCGAAUAAGCUAUAAAUGUAGUCUCCUCCGAAGCAUCUGGUGGGUCACCUGGAAAAUAACCUCAUGCAUAUAUGGCAUGAUAAAUGGGAUAUAUUUAUUUAAAUGAAAUAUAUAUACGAAACUAUUAUUAUUCAUUAUUAUUCAAAUAAUUAUUCAUUAUUUGCUCCGAAUUUUAGACAGGUCAAACUGCUCUAAUGUUAGCCGCUGGCACAGGAAACGUGGACACAGUUGACCUUCUUCUUCAGUGUGGUGCAAUAGAAAAUAUCAACACGACAGAUGUGGUAGGUAUGCCGCCGUGGUUGAGCAGCUGCUUCUUAAUUAAAAUUGGCAUUCCGCGUUUUGUUAGGGUCCCAUGCUUUUGUACUAUCCAAUCUUGCUAUGUUGGGCCCACGUACCUUCAGUACACGGUCUAGCGCUGAGCGGUCGAACUCAGGCCUGGCACAGAGCAGAAACAAAUUAUAGUUGCGACCUUUAAAAAGGUAGGGGUAUUUGCAGCAAUUGUACCGCAUGGUGAAUCCGGUACUAACGGCAAAGCUUUUAUUUGACAUGACCAAUAUCCGUGCAAAACCUAAUUGUAUGACACCCGUUCCUUGCGAUAAUAUGUUUAUUUGACACAAAAAUCUGCAGAACUGUUGAAGACUGUAUCAACUGGAAUAAAUACUACAGUAUUAAUGUAUUUAUAGUUAGUUUUCAUAUUUUUUAUCGAAAAAAAAGGAUGGUUCUACAGCACUGAUGUGCGCAUGUGAACACGGUUAUGCCAACGUUGUGAAGAGAUUAUUGGGAGUUGAUGGCUGUGAUGCAAGUAUUGCUGAUCAUGUAAGUUAUUCUCCUUCUACACCAAUAUACAACUUGUUCAUCCGGUAGGUGUGAUCAACCAAACUCACGGAUGCGGUAAAAAAGGUGGCGAUCUCCAAUGCAAAUAGAGGAUCGCCUUACCAGGUCCUUUUUUAAGAAUCCGUUAGUAUAGUACGUAGGGGGCGGGGGGGGGGCAUCUACAGAAAAGGACUAUACUAUACUAUACUGAGUUAAUAUAGGCUUGUAAUCUCACCGUGCCUGAGGCAACUAAUUGUUUUAGUAUAAUUGCAGUAUUGAAAAAGUUUUAUUUAUAAAUACAACUAAUACACGUGUUUAUUUUAUGAAUAUAAUUUGCAUAAAUAAUUUACUUUCGCCUGAUUUUUAGCCUUUUUGUUGAAAAGCAAUAGCUACUGCUCGGAGCAGUCUGAGCAGUAACUAUUGCCUCAGAGUUACUGUUGAGGGAGCCAAUCAGAAUGCUGAAAGGCCAUUUUUCAAUACUGAAAUGAUACUAAAGUUAAUUAGUUAAAAAGUUAUAUAGUUAAACAAGGCCCUGUUAGGCUUACAAAUGUUUAGGUGGGGCCACAAAUAUAGGCUCAGAACAGACAAUGCGUCGCUUAAAGAGGGGGGGGGGGGAGAAUGAGAAGGUCAAACAAGAUUAGACAAUGUGAUACAUUCAAUAUUGGAUGCCAGUGAGCGAAGAAUAUACAAUGUGUGUCCUUCCAUGAUGCAAUGCAACUACCUGAAAAAUAGAACAAACUUUGACAUUUCGAGCGAAGGCCCUUCGUUUGGAAAUUAGUAAAGUUAAUGGAAGUUGUCUACUCUCGAAACUUCGAAGAUUGUUCUACUUUUUCAGGUUCUGGCAUCGUAGACAGAAGCCCAAAAAUUGACACAAUCGUGUCUUGAAUAUCUUUUUAUAUGAACUAUAAAAUAUAUAUUCUUCCCAACUAUAGGAUGGUAGCACGUGUUUUUCAAUUGCAAUGGAACACAAUCGAAAAGACAUUGCUUUAAUGAUCUUCAAUCAUAUUCAAGUACAAAAUUCCAGAACACCUAAUAAAAAGGUAACAUAUUUCAAUGUAUUAAACACAGUCACCUGAAAAGGUGUUUUGUCAAUAUAGAUUGUUAAGUUCGGCAAAGUGCAACAACAAUUAAAGUCCAUGGUUUGAACACAUGAAACAGCAACCCCGUACCCAGGCUUUUGACGAAGCAUUUUCGAAGCAUUUUCCAAGCGUUUUCCUGCUGCAUUGCGAUAAAAUUUGGGUUGUUGUUUGGACAAAAAUAUGCGACUUAUUUCUGUACAGUAUUGCUAGGGAAACGCGCAAAAAAACGUUCCUGGAAUGCGUUAUUUAAUGCGUAGCGUUUUAUGUUGCGUUAUCCGUUUGCGUUCCUGAACAUGUUACAAAUGGAAAGAGAACGCAGUGUUGAUACUGAACAUAACUGUGUCUUUACAGUUCAUAUUCAUAUUACCAUAUAUACUAAGUUAAAAAGAUUAUUCGUCUAUUGUUUUACACAUAAGUCAGUGAAGACCUGUUGGAAUGAUUGAAAGACUACAUUCGUCAUAUGCAAUUUAUGCUAACUUUAAAUAGAUUAUUUGUCUAUAUUAUUUUACACAGAAAUCAGUGAAGAUCUGAUGGAAUUUUUGAGAGACUGCAACGAUGGAUUAAAUUAUCAAGUUUCCUUGAUGAAGAGUUUUUGUUGUGAUAUUUAAGAUUUCUACAGCUUGUAUAUGUACCUAAUUUCCGGAAAAUAAUUAAGCCAAAAAAAAUUCUAAAAGCAUAAGAAAUAGAGCAAUAUUUUGUGUGUGAGUUUAUAUAGUCUACGUGCAGACUAUAGUUUAAUUUGACGUUGAACUACACUACAGUGUAUAUGUAUAUAUCCUAGCCCUAAUUUAUUAUUUCCCUCAAUGAAAUGUACACUAAACGCAUGUGGCGUAGCGGAUGCUUAUGCUAUUUUUACGGUCGCGCAAAUAUUUGGUUCGUGGCCUCUCAAAAUGGCAUAUCAUAUGCAUUUGCCGUAUCAGUUUUGGCGACUACUUAGAGUAAUAUUACAUAUGGUGAUAGUUAGCUCUAAUUUCCAAAAACAAACCCCGAGUUUAAGAAAUAUAAGUUGACAAAAAUGUACGUAAAAAAUCGCAAUCUAUUACGAAAAUGUGGACGAUUAAGUUAAUGUAUAUCAUGAGAGGUAUAUAUUGAGACAUUUGUCUAAUAUUUCAAAUGUCAAAUAAUUUAAUAAUUUAUACGCACUUAUUUAAAUCGUCACAUGCUUUAUCACUUCGGCCUCCUCCUGCAGGCAUCUCUAUAUGCAUGGGUUUUAGCCCGCGAAAUUGUUUCUAUCACCCGAUUCUCCGGGUGAGGUGCCUGAGGAGGAGAAGGCUAUACUUUAUCACUUUGCUUGGACUAAAUUGAGUGAAAUGCAGGGUGACUUUAUUGAUUAUACUGACGUAGAAUAGUUAAUUAAAUAUAUCGUUGAAUAUACUGUAAAAUAUUAUAAGGUAAUGAAAAUGAAUGUAAUACAUGACUGAUAUGUACUCGAUAAAACAUGAGCAGCCGAUCUGUAUCUAAUAUACAAACUCGACCCGAAGGCGAGAGUUUGUAUAUCAGAUACAGAUCGGAUACGAAUGUUUUAUCGUACUUAAAAAAUGACCCAUCAUAUGAGUUCACUGGCGAAGUAAUUUUUUUAAAAAUAAACAUUGUCUAAGCCGAGAAAAUCAAAGCUGAAGUUAAUAUGUAAAUCAGGACAAAUCUUUUAUCCGAUUUACAAACCCUUAUUAAACAUUCAUUUCUUUUGUAUUUUCUUCGUGAAUUGUUAAUGAAUUUUUUAAGGUGAUAUAGAACUGCGUAACUUCGAGCUUCUGGCUUUUAAUUAAAACGAC